AUGCCAACUCUAUCCAAUCUGACACAGACACUGGAAUAUGUCUUCAAAAGGGUUUUUAUCACUUACAUGGAAAACUGGCGCAGGAACACAACGGUUGAGCAAGAGGCCCUGCAAGCCAAGGUUGAUGCUGAGAACUUCUACUAUGUCAUCUUGUACCUUAUGGUGAUGAUUGGAAUGUUCUCUUUCAUCAUUGUAGCCAUCCUGGUGAGCACAGUGAAAUCCAAGAGACGAGAGCACUCCAAUGACCCAUACCAUCAGUACAUCGUGGAGGACUGGCAAGGGAAGUACAGAAGUCAAAUUGUGAACCUAGAAGAAUCAAGGGCCACCAUCCAUGAGAACACAGGUGCAGCGGCGCUCACGAUGUCUCCUUGA